CGGUGAGAUGUGUUCAGGUUGGAUGGGGUUACGUACUCCCCCCCUUUUGUUGUCCUCUUUGUUCUCUCUGCUGUGCAGGUACACCUGGCUCCGCCUUCCCCAGGUGUUCCCAGUUGUCACUCAGCCGAGCAUAAAAGAGGAGACUGAAGGAGAAGGAGGGCGCCGAUCACUACUCCGGAUGUCUCUGCUGUGUCAGAGCUCUUGUGCCUUUUUGUUGUGUUCCCUGGAGGACGUGUUAGUAUUAGGUUUUCGCGGCUUUAUUUCUCCCGUUAGGUUCUGUUGGAUUUUGGGUAGCGGAGGAAGGCUCUGGAUCCUACGGCCCGUGGUGUGGUUGGCCCAAGUCCCCUCCCUCUGUUUGUUUGUUUUACCUGUCCUCCAGUGGAAUGAUUAAGUAUUGUGGCAAUAAAUGUACGAUUACAGUUUAGUGCCUACGUGUUGUGUACUUUUGUUUUAUGUUGCGGACUGCCUCACGAGCCACUACUAUUGAGUAGGGAGGCGGGUCGUAACAUAUGGGGGCUCGUCCAAAGGCUGUCUCGGGCAGGUGCCGGUGUGGUGAGUAGUAUUACUUUGUAAAAAGCCCUUGACAGCAUUUAUUUGUUUGGUUGGCUGUAUAGCGUAGAGUUGCAGUGAUGGAUUUCGACUUGGAGGGGUUUGUUGGUGAUCCGACUCGGGGGAAGUUGGAUGCAUGUAGCAAACAGCAGCUUGGUCUGAUCACAGGCAAAUUUGACGUUGUAGUCAAUAAGCAGAACAAGAAACAAAUCAUUAAGGGACAGCUGUUGGCUGCGCUUAUAGAUCAGGAGGUAUUGUCAGAGGAGGAAGUAGACGUUCCCAUAGACGACGAGACAGAGGUCACACAGAAAGUGAGCGACCUUCAACUUCAGCUAGAGCUGCGCAAGUUGAUGGUUAGAGAGGAGAGUGAUAACAGACUGAGAGAGAAGGAGAUCGCCUGUAAUCUCGAAUUGAGGAAAUAUGAGGCGGAGUUACGUUUGAGGGAGCUGGAGCUGACGUCUUACCAGACUCAGCAGUUGGGGUCUGCGCAACCUCAUGAUUUUGACGUAGGCAAGUAUACUCGGUUUAUCCCAGUGUUUAACGAAAAAGACGUUGAUAGCUAUUUUGUCCUGUUUGAGCGUGUAGCAACAACGUUUAAAUGGCCUGGGAACAUGUGGACCGUUAUGCUGCAGUGCGUUCUCGCGGGUAAAGCGCAGGAAGUGUAUACUGCGUUAUCUGAGGAGGUUAGCCGGGAUUAUGAACAGGUGAAAGCUGCAAUUCUGCGCGCUUAUGAGCUGGUGCCUGAGGCAUACCGUCAAAAGUUUCGUGGUUUGAAAAUACAAGAUUGUCAAGCGUAUGUGGAAUUCGCCCGUGAGAAAGAGGUUCUGUUUGAGCGAUGGUGCUCAUCGACGGGGACAACAUCUCUAGAGGACCUAAAAACAUUAGUGCUCAUGGAAGAAUUCAAAAACUGUUUGCCUUACACAGUAGCCACAUACCUCAAUGAGCAAAAACCGGUGAAACUGUUUGAUGCUGCGGUUUUGGCUGAUGAAUAUGUGCUUACUCACAAGACUGUCUACAGUGAGAGGACUAGGGCACAGGCCGGGUUUGUGGACAAUAAUAUCAGAGAAACCCCAGUCGUCACUAAAGUGCCAUGGCAGUCCAGCAGGCCAAGAGUUGCUGAGGAAAAACCGGGAGAGGUGAAUUGGGGAUCUACGGAUAGGCCAGUGUGUCAUUACUGCAAGAAAAUAGGUCAUAUUGUUGCGAAUUGCUAUUUUUUACGGGAUGAAAAUAAGCAUGUAAAGACGGUUGCUUUGGUGAGUACUUCAAAGCCAGGGUCUCACAAAUCUGAACUGGAAGUUUUUGCUCCGUUUCUCAUGGAGGGAAUGGUGUCUUUACCGGGGAAGAACAACAGGGUUCCAGUGACCAUUUUGAGGGAUACAGCAGCUUCGCAAUCCUUUAUGAUAAGGGGUGUGUUUCCCCUCUCUGAGGAGUCUGCUGUGGGUUCGGAUGUUCUUGUGAGGGGGUUUGGUAUGCAGUGUGUGGGUUCGCCAUUGCAUAAUAUUCAUCUUGAGUCAGAUCUGGUCACAGGUCCGGUAACUGUCGGGGUUCGGCCAUGUCUUCCCAUUGAAGGGGUAGAUUUGGUCUUGGGGAAUGAUUUAGCCGGUGGCAGAGUGCUCGUUAAGCCGGGAGUGAAUGCGGUGGCAGUCACCCGCGACAGUUUUACGGCUACGGGAUUGGACAGACCGGUCAGAGAUCCUCCAUCAUGGCGUGAGGGUGGGAAAUCAGGUACGAUAAGCCCUGGGGCUGUUCAUAACCCUGUCGCUGCCUGUGUGGAGGCGCUGUCCAGUGCUAAAAGUGACACCCCUGUCACCUCGGAGGCCCCGAUCGCUGCGGAGACUCUGGCCAAUAUGGAGUCUCAUUUGGCACACUUGCCUGAUGCGCAGCGUGCAGACGUAUUGGAGCUGAUCGUGAGGUGGAGGAGCCGGUGUCAUACUUCUCAAAGAAAUUCAAUCGACACCAGCGGGUGUAUUCCACCAUCGAAAAGGAGGCACUGGCUAUGGUUCUGGCUUUGAACCAUUUUGAGGUAUACGUGGAGUCAUCAAACAAUCCUGUCACUAUUUUCACUGAUCACAACCCCCUUGUGUUUCUGCAGAGAAUGCGUAACACAAAUCAAAGGUUGAUGCGGUGGAGUAUUUUCAUGCAAGCCUUCAAUGUUGAGGUCAAACACAUUCGUGGCAAGGAUAAUGUGUUGGCUGAUGCAUGGUCGCGCUUAUAAUAUAGCAGUUAUUGUGUGUUGUUAAC